CAUCCAGCUACACUGUCAUCCUGAUCCGACUCUAUCUCGCAUUGCACCACCGACCGUCACAUCCGUACUUCGCCGUGAUACCCAGAAGCUUGAAGCCGCCCCUCUUUACCUCCACCUUGCUGCAAGGUGAACAGCAGCCACCAUGUCUUCGGGAGCGGGCCGCGAACCCGUCUUCCCCACCCGCCAAUCCCUCCAAACCAUGAAAGCCAAACUCAAGGGCGCGCAAACCGGGCACGACCUCCUAAAGCGCAAAUCCGAAGCCCUCACGAAGCGCUUCCGCGAAAUCACGCGGCGCAUCGACGAAGCGAAGCGCAAAAUGGGCCGCGUGAUGCAAAUCGCCGCCUUCUCGCUGGCAGAAGUGACGUACGCAACGGGCAACGACGGCAUCAAAUACCAAAUCACCGAGAGCGUGCGCAGCGCCAAGUUCCGCGUACGCACGCGGCAAGAGAACGUGAGCGGUGUUUUUCUGCCGCAGUUCGAGACGUGGGAGAUGGAGGGGACGAGUGAGUUUGGGAUGACGGGGCUGGGCAAGGGCGGGCAGCAGGUGCAGAAGAGUCGGGAGACGUAUACGCGGGCGGUGGAGACGUUGGUGGAGCUGGCGAGCUUGCAGACGGCGUUUGUCAUUUUGGAUGAGGUGAUUAAGGUGGUGAAUCGGAGAGUCAAUGCUAUUGAGCACGUCAUCAUUCCGCGGACAGAAAACACCAUCAGUUACAUCAACAGCGAGUUGGACGAGCUGGACCGAGAGGAGUUCUUCAGGUUAAAGAAGGUGAAGAAUGUAAAAGAGAGGGAGAAGCAGAGAAGUGAGAAGGAGUCGCGUAGUCACAGCGACAAGGAAAAUGAGCAGGUUGAUUCGCAAGGCGGGGGAGAGGAGGGAGGGAGUAAUGUGCUUGGGGAUGACGAGGAUAAAGAUGUCAUUUUCUAGGCUACAUCAAUUUGCUUGGGAGCGUGUUCAAUAGCAGUCUUUUGGAGUGAAGAAGGCUGCACGUAUCCAUCUAAUACUUCCCUCGACCCUGCGGCGGCAGACCUCACGCCAUACCGCGCUAGUGCAUUUCCAGCCUAAUGCGGGGGAGGAGCUUCGGAGAUAGCAGAUAACACAUCCAUGGAGCCGGGGAGGGA